CCUUUUCUUUCCCUCCCAACUCACGGAGCAGACGCCAGCCGAAGCUAUCAGGCACACCGGAACUGAAGCAAGACUACAGCUGGAUCCAGAAGCAUUUUGGACCAGAGAGAUUUAUGUAUGCAAAUGUACGUGGGAUGGGAGAAAGUCUGCUUUUAAAACGGUUGGAAAAAAUACCUACAGAAACAGUCUGUAUAGGGCAGCAGAUGAAAAAACAAGGAGUGGUUUGUAUGUUUGUGUGACAGUUGGACUGGCUCACUCAUACACGGGAAAGUGCUUAUCUGCCAAUGGAGAACAUCCCACAUCAGGAUCAUCCUGAAGAAAAUUCAUAUCUCUGUUUCCAGAGAACUCCAUCACUCCGCCGCAAAUGGAGAAAGCGAUACGGAGGCUUGGAUGGAAAUAAAUUACUGGAGCCCAACACCGAAGAUGAUUCAACAGAAAAUGGGUCUGUGAAUGAACCACAUCAGGAUAGGAAUUUCCCCCAGACGCAGAGUCCUGAAAGCCUGGUACAGGCGAGAGCCACAACUGUGAAUCCAAGUCUAAAGUCACAAAAUGCUGUCCAGCCACAGAUGCCUAUUAAGUUUGUGACCCCAGGAUCAAUAGGUAAACGUGGAAGCUGUGACAUCGCGCCUGUAGGCUCUCCAAUGGUGACCAAUGGGAGGCCAGGAAAAGUGGGACCCCAGCGAGAGCAGGCGGGGAACCCUACCCCAUUCUGGCACAGUUUUAACAGAUUGGACCCCCAGCAAGCAAAGAGGAAGGGGACUGCUGAUGUUCUGUUUGAAAGUUUUGCUUCUGAGGGAAGAGUCAACACAAGCAGACUUUUUGAGGCAAUCUGGAGAUCUGGGAUUCGGAAAACUGACCCCAGGAUUAUUGAUUGCCACCUACUGAUGACGAAACUCCAGGCGGCAGAUGGGACAGUUAACAGGGAUGCCUUUCACAGGAGUACCACAGGCUUUGUGUCUUUCAUCGUGAAAGCCCUGCAAGGCCGCUUCAUCAUCCCGGACUUCCCCACAUUCACUGAGGAGACGCAGAAACUUUUCUUGAAGACCAAACAGCUCGACCCUGUCAAGCAAGGACCAGGGAAUGAAGGCAGCUGGAAAUGGGGAGUUUCUAUUUGCACGGUGGAUGGGCAAAGGUUGUCGCUCGGAGACUGUAUGGAACCCUUCCUCCUGGAAGCGCUCUCCUGGCCCUUUGUUUACGGCAUGGCGGUGGACCAGCUCGGAGUGGACUAUGUCCACAGAUACGUGGGCGUGGAGGAGUUCUCAAAGUAUGACUCACCUUUCACCCUCACCAAACAGGGAAUGCCUCACAGCCCACUGAUUGUCACCGGUGCUAUCAUCACUGCAUCCUUGUUACAGCUACCAGCACGAGUUGAGGCAGAAGAAGAAAAGUAUGACUCGGUUUUGAAUACAUUCAGACGGCUGUGUAAUAAAGAACAUACAAAUUUGAACUGCACAAGCUAUCAGAACUUGAAGAAAGAGAGUGUCAGACUGCAUUCCCUGUCUUUUUACCUUCAGGAAAAGAAGUGUUUUCCAGAAUCUGUGGACAUAAAUGCUGCUGUGGAUUUAAUCCAGCAGUGUUCAUCGACCGAGGUCACCUGUGAGUCCGGGGCGGUGAUGGCUGCUACUCUAGCCAAUGGGGGGCUCUGCCCCUUGUCAGGUGACCAGGUUCUGAGCCCUUCAUCGGCACGUGCUAUGCUGUCCAUGAUGCAGGUGGCUGGGAUGAACGACUACUCCAGGCUCUUCCACUUCAAGACCUCAGUCCCAGCGAAGUCAAGCAAAUCGGGCAGCUUGCUUGUAGCCGUGCCCGGGGUCCUGGGCAUCAUGUGCUGGUCCCCUGAGCUGGACGCCUUCGCAAACUCCUGGAAAGCGGUGCACUUCUGCGAGGAGCUGGUCUCAACAUUCCAGCUUCACAGCUUUGACAUCAGGACGCCGUUUCGUCAGGUGGUCGCGUACAGGCAGUGGAAAGCCGAAUCUGAGGGCUACCAGAUAAUGAAUAUCUUACUCGCGGCCUACAGAGGAGAUGUGCAGUCCUUACGGAGGUACUUCCUGUCAGGAGUAGACAUGAACGCGGUGGAUUACGACGGGAGGUCAGCUCUACACAUAGCCGCCUCACAGGGUCAGACAGAAGCCGCUAAGUUCCUUAUAGAGAACGCUGGAGCAAGCAUCUCAGUCAGAGACAGAUGGGGCACCACUCCGCUUCAGGAUGCUGUGCGGAGUAACCACAGUCACAUGGUACAGAUGCUGCAGAAGUCCGAAGGUUAAGGAGGACCUGAGUGACCCUGCAAACCGCUCAGGAGGGCGUCCCCUAGCCGUUACACGCAUGUGGGCACGGACAGGGCGCCUCGGGGCGUCGCAGGCAUUGAAAUGCAGGGCUUUUCACAUCUCUCAAUGAAUUAUAAACAACUUACAAAAGCUGAUUAAUAAAAUGGUACUUUGG